AUGACAACUUCCCCAAAGGGAACAGAUCCACCUGCCACAGACAGUGGGGGAGACAUGGUGCCCAUUGUCAUCUGCAUUAUUCUGGGCGUCCUUCUCUGCUUGGUCCUAAUCAUUGUGGCUGGGCUGGUGCGAAAUGCCAGAGCACAGCAGAAAGGGACCAGAAACGUCAUGCAGCCCUUCUCUGAGGUUGUGUAUGAAGAGAUUGACUACAGCCCAGUGAAGGAGAAGCAGGAAUUAUUUGUUCAUUCAGAGGCCUCUGUACUGCCCAGAGAUGCCACCAGUGAUGGUUAUGAUGAUGCUGACGAAAUUUCUGAUGCAGAACACAGUUCUGCUUUUCACCAGAAUGAUGAGGAAGUCAAUGAAGCCCCAGAGGAAAGUGAUGGGACAAGGGAUUCGCAGACAGGUUGGAGUCUGCAGUCCCGAAGAAGUGGAGCUGACAGAAAAGACCCUUCCCUGCCUCCUGGGGACAUAGAAUAUGAUGAUGUUGAAGAUGGUUUUGCUGGAACAUUGAUAUAA